GACACUCAGAGAGAAGGAGACAGAGAACAGUGCUCCAGCAGGAAGGACCGGCGGCACGCAGCACCCAGGUUUCACAGCGAGAAGAAGCCAUGGCAGCCGUUCCUGAUGUACAGGAGGAGUUGAUGGAGUUCUGCAGUGUGAACGAUGAACAGUUCUACGAAGUCGGCCACCCCUACUUGGGGAAGAGCUCCAACCAAAGCCCGAGCCCCUGCUCCCUGUCCCAGAGCUGUUCAGCCUGCGACGUGGACAUCCAGUUGCAGUUCACAGAGCAGACCUCUUGCAAGGUCUUCCGCAGGUCUGUGGUGGUGAUGGUCGCCAUAGAGAAGAUGAAAAAGGCAUCGAAAGCGAGGCCCUUCACGGAUGAUGAUUUGAGGGGCAUCUUGGACACCGUCUUCGAGACCAUCUCAUUUGAGAGGCACAAUGUCACCCACACAGUGGAUUCCAUUUACCGUUACUUCAGAUCCAUCUCCUACGAAAUACGGGACACUGACCAGAAGUGCUUCAAGCUGGAGGCUCCUGCCCAGCUCGUGGCUGUGCAUUUGCAAGGCCCCAACCUCAAACACCAAGUGAAGUUAAACAUGGCUUUCUAUAGACCAAAAAGUGGCACAAGCAACCAGGGCUCCAUGAGGUUUCCAGUCGCUCUGGGCAUCAAGGGGAGAAGUCUCUACCUGUCCUGUGUGCACAAUGGCCAGCAACCAGUGCUGCAGCUGGAGGAGGCCGAUAUCCUGAAGGACGUCGAUGGAGCCGAGCUGGAGCGCUUCAUCUUCUACAAGGUGGAAAACGAGAGCACGGCCCAGUUCGAGUCGGCCGCCCACCACGGCUGGUACAUUUGCACUUCCCCCAAGAACAACCAGCCUGUCGGCGUCACCAACCGGCCCGGGGAAGUGUUCAUCACCAACUACUUCCUCAGCCAGUCCAAGCACUGAGUGCUCAUCCCAAACCGGCAGUUACUGGUUUCAGCAGAAUCUUUGUAUGUACUAAGUACAUGGGGAACAGUUGUAUUUAUGAGUGAGCCCUGGCUCACGGCUCAGAGACGUGAUUGUAACACGUCUCUAACAUGUAUGUACUGUGUCUUUCUGUUUGCUUUGUGCCCUGUCCUAUCCUAGAGCCUGGACCAGUGGCCCCAGCAUCUAGAAUUAACCUCUUACUGGCAUGGGAGCUCUAUAUUAGAGCCCUCUUUAUUAGAGGCUUAUCUUGGCGGCUGUCUCUUCUCUCCCACCUUCCACAGCUUCAGUCGUUUUGCUGUCAGACUAAUAUACACAUACAUUAAAUAAUAUAAAUAUUAGAGACAGAGGAAUGGCCAUCAUCAUGCUGCAUGAUUUUUUUUUUCUGUAAAAAUGCUAUUGUGUUGUUGUUUCAAUACAAGAUUAAGUUGCUCUAUUUCACUGUUGGUAACGUCUGUUAACAUGUUAAUUAUAUAUGAAGGUAUUUUUGGAAUUUAUUUAUUGACUAAUUUAAUAUUGCUGGGCUGAUUUUUAAUAAACAAACCUGUACUACUGA